CUAGCAUCUACGGGAAAGAAUCUGGUUAGUUUCACGCUUGUGUAGCCGCCAUUUCUAUUUAGAGGCAUUUUGACUGGCAUUGAUGUACCACCCCAAUAAUCCUCAGAUGUAGCGGAAUUUGUGUAAUCAGUGUAUGUGUAUUGUGCAAACUUGCUAAUGAGGAUCUUUAACAUUAAGUGAUCAGUUUUACUUUAUAUGCAGAGAGCAUAGUCGUUGUGUGAAUAAACGUUCAGGACAACAGUGAAAAAUAUGGAAGACGGACAAAGAAUGUAUUCACAACAAGGGGGGCUGACUAACAUGUCUGGAAACGUGCUGCCCCAGUACAAUAUGGGACAGGACGAACCGUCCGAUCAAAGAAAACAGGAGAUAGGGGAUAUCCUCCAACAAAUUAUGACAAUUACAGACCAAAGUUUGGACGAAGCACAAGCAAGGUGCCGGAAACACACAUUGAAUUGUCAUCGAAUGAAACCAGCAUUAUUUAGUGUAUUGUGUGAAAUCAAAGAAAAAACGGUGCUUAGUAUAAGAAAUUCACAAGAAGAAGAGCCUCCAGACCCUCAGCUGAUGCGAUUGGACAAUAUGUUAAUCGCUGAAGGUGUGGCAGGCCCAGAGAAAGGGGGAGGGUCAUCUGCUGCAGCCAAUGCCACAGCUGCUGCGUCUGGGGGUCAGCCUGACAGUGCCAUAGAACACUCCGACUACCGUGCCAAACUGGCCCAGAUCAGACAAAUUUAUCACACAGAACUAGAGAAAUAUGAACAGGACCUUGAUCUAAGCGAUGGUUCAGAAAUCAAAAACUCGGACUAUGAAGCUAAACUGGCCCAGAUUCGACAAGUCUACCAAACGGAAUAUGGGAAAUAUGAACAGGCUUGUAGCGAGUUCACAACUCACGUGGUUAAUCUACUGAGGGAACAGAGCCGCACUCGUCCCAUAGCCCCCAAGGAAAUAGAGAGGAUGGUCACUAUUAUACGCAAGAAGUUUGCGGCCAUUGAGAUGCAGCUUAAACAAAGCACGUGUGAGGCUGUCAUGAUUCUGAGAUCUAGAUUCCUCGAUGCAAGGAGGAAGAGGCGAAACUUCAGCAAACAAGCCACAGAACUGCUGAAUGAGUACUUCUACUCCCACCUCAGUAAUCCCUACCCCAGCGAGGAGGCAAAGGAGGAGCUGGCUCGCAAAUGUGGCAUCACAGUCUCACAGGUUUCUAAUUGGUUUGGUAACAAAAGAAUUCGAUACAAGAAGAACAUAAAUAAGGCACAAGAGGAAGCCAACAUGUACGCGGCCAAAACGGCAGCCGCUGCUGCCGCUAACAUUGGCCCUGAGGGAGGAGCCGCUGGUUACAAUGUUGGUGGGGGACAGGCAGGAAUGUACAUGAAUCUAAAUGGUGGUGACAACUACCAGAGUAGUGAUAAUUCGGUAGGAGACAAUGUCCAAAACCAGGUGAAUGCAUUGAGGCAUGUCAUUUCACAGUCUGGUGGUUAUAGUAGCGACAGCAUGCACAGUACUCCAGCCUCCAUGUAUGAACAACAUAUGAACCAACAGAUUACGCCACACACUCGUAGUCAAAAUGGCUCCCCUCAUGACCAAAAACCGGACGACAGUACUGAUAGUUGGUGUGCAGGUGCUUUUAUGCAGGGUUUGGAUGGAGACGGAGAGAAUUAUGAUGGCUCCAGUGAUGAACCAGGAUUAAAACGCCCGAAAAUUUAGUUACCUUCUGAUUGUGUCGUGACAAUUCCAACUUCUUGCCAGAAUCAAAUCGUAGACUUUUUUUGUGUGUGGUGUUUUCUGGUGUACAGUCUUUAAUGUGUUAAAAAGUCUGGUGUCUUUGUAGAGUUAAAUAUUCCACUAUCAAAAGAGUUAACAUUUGUUUAUGCAGAUAGUUAUCUGCGGUGUUGUUUACAAAAAAAAAAAAAAAAAUUAAAGAGAAAAAAAAAACAAGUGCUCAGUAUCUCGAGUCAAUAGUUUUAUUAUGAAAAGACCAAAGAUGAAACUUAUUAAAAUUCAUUUUGAUGUCUAAUUUUAUUUAAACGUUUUAAAUGUAUACCAAAUGUUGAUUUGAUUUUAGUUUGAUUUUUUUUAAUGUAGAUGCUUUAUAAAUAUGUUGUGCAUGAAAUGUUGUGCUGAGAAGACUGCUUUUUGAACAUAAUGGGUUGUGAAAAUUUAUAGUUCUUUUUAUUUUGAAAGUAAUUCUCCAAGAUGUAUACAUUUAUUUACUGACAGUGAACAGUUAAUUACAAAAUCUAAUUGAUUAUAUGACAUUGACAUCCCAAGAAAACAGCACAUAUACAGCUUACAUUAAUAUGAAUGCAUAUAUGCUGCAUUGAUAUGUUUAUUUUGUUUGUGCAUAUCAAAUGUUUAAAAAGUUGACCAACAGUUAUCCUAAUGUAGUGAAUAUCAUUAAAAAAAUCUGUUCCAAAAUUUGCUGUAUGAAAAUAAAUGAUUAAACUUC